CUUUGUACUUUCAGUUUCGCUUCUGUGAAAGCAAAAACUAUCCGAAAGAAAGGGAAGCAGAAACAGACACAGGGAAAAGAAAAAUGACAGCUGAAGCCGUAUCUCAAAACCUCAUCAAGAUUCUCUGCUCUCAUGGAGGCUCAAUGGAGUAUAAGAUGCUGAAAGAGAAGUUCAAGGGACAGCCAAGAGAAACUCAGCAGCUCCUCUCUGAAAUCCUCCAGGACAAGAGCAGGUUUGCCCUACGCCAGGGAGAUCCAGGAAGCAGGCCAGAACGUGUGAUUAGCCCUAACACUGUGGUGGCCGCUAAGACUGCAGUGCGCUUAUGCAAAAAAUACCCCAAUGAGACCUGCCACAACUGUAGAGACCUUCACCUCUGCAAAUUCUUUGUGUAUGGCAGCUGCAGAUAUUCAAAGGAACAAUGCAGAAAUAUCCAUGAUAUAAAGUCUGGCCACAAUCUUCAAGUCCUGAAAAGAUAUGGUCUGCAAAAUCUUGAUGAACACCAGCUCAGUGCACUCCUGCUCCAGAAUGAUUCAUCUCUCCUGCCUGAGGUUUGUGUACAUUACAACAAAGGAAGUGGGAAGUUUGGAUCCUGUACAUAUCAGACAAGUUGUAGCAAGCUUCACAUAUGUCUGCACACCAUGAGAGGAAAUUGUAAAUUUGGCAACAAAUGUAACAGAUCUCACAAAUUUGAUGGCGUUGCCUGGAAAAUCCUGAAAGGUCGAGGUCUACCUGAAGAACGUAUUUAUCAACUACAGGAGAUCUACCAUAAUAUAUUUAUUAUUAAAGACUGCAGAACUGCAGAUGAGGAAAGUUGCAAGAUUCGCUCAAGAGAGUCUUCUGUAAGUUCUAACAGUGAAGGUGACUCUGAUGAAAUCUGUCUCUACUACAUCUCAAAAUACUGCAGCUUUAAAGAAAAGUGCAUGAAUGUUCAUUUCCACCUUCCAUACAAAUGGGAAGUGUUUGAUGGUCACAGCUGGUCUGAAAUCAUUAAUAUGGAGCAAGUUGAAAAAGAUUUUUGCAACCCAGAAAACACAGUAAGUUCUGGUUCUCCAUCUGUUGACUAUCAAAAUAUGACCACCGGGCUUGCCAAAGUGCGCCGUUUGUCCACUGUGUCCUCUCUAACUAAGAAACUUCACUUCAAUCUAACAACUAAGUGGAUCUGGUACUGGAAAGAUGAAUUUGGAAAAUGGAUAGAAUAUGGGAAACAAGUGACUACACAUCAUCUUUCAUCAGUCACAUCAGAUGACUUGGAGGAAAAAUUCCUUGCCAAUAGUGAUGAUUGUGUGACCUUCAUUGCUGGACAGCAUGAAUACACUCUCAGCUUUAAAGAUAUGACCCAGCAAAACCAGAAACACAAAACAAAAAGAGAAGUCAGGAGAAGACCACGAUUUAUUUCUCAAUUAGAUGUGGAGAAGAUCAAACGGAGCAGUGAUUCCUCAGGAGGGCAGACCUUGAUGAGUAAAACCAUUCCGGAUAACUGGGACAAAUCAGCCACCCCUGAAUAUGGAUACAAGCUUGUUCAACUUGCUCUAGAAUCUGAGGAGUUUAAGCAAGUUUUAGGCCAUUUUCAGCGGACUAUGCCAAAUGCAACUGUGUCGAAAAUUAGCAGGAUCCAAAACCAAGACCUCUGGGAAAUGUUCCAAAUACAAAAGGAACAGAUGAAAAAAAAGAGCGGAGAUAAGUAUGUCGAUGAACGGCUUUUAUUUCAUGGAACUGAAAAAUCACUUGUGAAUGCCAUCUGCCACCAAAACUUUGAUUGGAGAAUUUGUGGUGUUCAUGGCACUUCUUAUGGAAAAGGAAGCUACUUUGCAAGAGACGCUUCUUAUUCCCACAGCUACUCAAAUGCCAGAUGCUCCGAAAACAUCUUGUUUGUAGCCCAGGUUUUGGUGGGAAAGUUUAUUAAAGGAUCAAGCAGCUACAACAGGCCUCCCUCUAAAGAUGGGAGUAAUAUGAAUUUCUACGAUAGUUGUGUUGACAACGUUGACAACCCUUCUAUCUUUGUUAUCUUUGAUAGAUGUCAGAUCUACCCUGCAUAUGUAAUAGAAUAUAGCAUGGCACCAAGCAAGAUAAAUCUGAGCAAAUUAGUUUACCCCAAAAAAAUUAUGUCAAUUUGGUAAGCAAUAGAACUGUUUUAAGAAUUACCUGAGGAAAUGAAAUUAAAGAAUUUCAUAUUUUAACAUUUUUUCAUGAAAGUUGUUACUAGUUACAAAUGUCAUCUCUCUUAAAUGGUCUGAAUUAGCAUGAACCACAAAAGUUAAGAUUAUUUCUGUUCAGAUUAGGAGAUUUUGUAAAAAUGAAUGGAAAAAUUUUGGAUUUAGCUGCUAUACGCUGAGUGGUCACUUUAUUCAGUCCACUGGAGUGCUCAACCACUGACGUGUCGUAAUGAAUUCAGUUCAGUUUAUUUUUGUAUUGUGUUUUUCACAGAGUGAAGCUGCAGAGUACUGUUAAAACUUCACAGGUAGAUACAAAUACAAACUUUACAAAUGACUAAUUUUAUCAUGAGUACCCAUAAAAACACUGAUUUGUUAAGACCAGGUGUCCUCAAUCCUGGUCCUGUGGGGCUACACUGGCUACAGGUUUUUAUUCCAGCCAGUUUCCUAAUUAGACGACAGUGUUUGCUGAUAAUGAAACUUGGUAUUUAACUUAUGCAUUGUUAACGCUUUCAUUCAUCACAGACAAAUUUUAGUUACAUUGCAGAUCAGAGGUCCUCAAUUAUAGUCCUGGUGGUCUGUAGUGGCUGCCGGUCAUCACUUCAACCAAUUUCUUAAUUAGAACCCAUUUAUCAUUUACUACUAAACCAAUAUGUUUUUUGAGGUUAAUUUUAGUUACCUUGCCUGUUAUAAUUCAGAAUCCUUAAUUGCCUAUUUUAGUUUUUAGCAGCUACAUUUGUCUUCUUAACCAGACAUUAGUUAAUAAUGAAAUGCAGAUAACCAACGAACCAGCAGCUCUCCAGAUAAAGUGCUAUGCAUUCAGUACACUGUACUCGGCAUCCCGAAGUCUUUGGUAAUCUUAAAACAGCCAGGUCUCUCUUCAGGCAGACAGUCAGGCAACUCUGUCAAGUGCUGGGUCACCAACACUCAAGCACUCUGGAGGAAUAAUGGCAUGUUUCCUCCCAGGUUGUCCUAUUUUCCCAUCCUUGUUUAUGCCAGCCCAACUCUCUUCUGAGCUACCCCAUAUACUCCUGCGGUGUACCACCACCAGCAGUGUCCAUAUACUGUACUUGGACAGUAUGGUUUUUUGGAGUGUGAGAAGGUUGUAACACCCUGCUCUUGUCCUACUUCACCAGCACUAGCAAGCAGUUCCUCUUCUGUCCGAGUCCAUUAUUACGCAGACUUUAUGAAAUCAAUCGCUCACUUCAGCUCAGUUACCGGGUAACAGGUCUUGAAAAGAAAGUAUUAUGCUAACAUAUCUCUCUAUUAUUAUAAAAAAAAUCCUGCGAUGAGACAAGACUUUUUGGAAUAUUUUUUCAAGUCCUGCGAGUCGAGACUUUAGGCAUUCGAUGUUUUCAAGUCACGCCCUCCUCUCAACCAUAGAAAACCAUGCACACGGUACUCUCACAUCUCAUUCGUGUGAAUGCUUUUGACAGACACAGUUCUUGCUCUCUCAGCUCUUAUAAAUUUUAAUGUUUUCCUCACUUUAAGUUCACAAUUAAAGAAGACGUAUUAUGUCCAAAUCUUAUUGAAGAAUUUCAUCACGAAGGGUUAUCAACAGAAAAAUCCUAGCACUGAGAAACAACGAAGUCAAACGAAUUAACGCCAAAAAUGUUGAUCGGUUACACUGCAUAUUGGUUAAAUGCGUAUCAAUAGACUAUGCUGAAACAGUUGGUGGUGAUCGUGCAGAAGAUGAAAACAACAACUUACAAUAUUCUGAAGAAUAUCUAUAACUGUUAAUACUGUCCGGUCUUCCUCCGCACGAAUUACUGUAGAAAGAAGGAUGUAUCCAAGAAAGGUAAUGUAGUACAUCUUCUGCGGAUAACAUUACACAACAAAGGAGAUCUUGAUAGGCCAUUCGUAUUAAAACGUCAACACAUUCCCGUUAGAAUAGCUUUUGCAAAGACAAUUUACAAAUCUCAGAGCCAAACAUUCAAAAAAAGUUGUUUUAUUUAAUAGAGAGAAAGAAACAAAAUUCAAUCGUGGGCACCUAUACAUUGCAUUGUAACGAUGAAAGUCCAAACACAGAAUCACAAUUCAAUGCGAUAUUGACGAAAAUUUAAUUUAAAAAAUUUCUUUUACUUAAGUUUUACAGUAAAAGCGUUAGUAUAAAAAGUUUUUGCAUGUUAAUUUCAAAGCCAAACAGAACAAAAUCGUAUUGCGCAAUAAAUUUAACGCAACAUGAAACAUAAUUUACUUUCAAACUAUUACGUUUUAAUAUUUUUUAAUAUGGUUAAUUACUCACUGUAAUGUAAAAUAGUAAAUUGUACAUCUGCAUCCCCAUACGCAAGCGGCCGAAACGCAAAGAGGCUAGCGCGUAGCGCAAACACGGGGGUUGGCAAGCAAAGCGAGCAGGGGGCAAAGCCCCAUGUCAAACAAAUUAUCAAAACAAAUCAUUGUUAAGCCUUCUAUGUACAGCACAUUUUGGUGGAUCCGUCCAUACAAACUCAAAGAUUGUUUAUACGAUAUAAGAUUGUUUAUAUUUCAAGAACAGCCUCAGCAUGAGAGCAGAUCUAGUAAAAACUAACACUUCAUACACAAGCUGAACUUUCAUGAAGGUGUCAUCUGAAUACCUUUUUUGUUUUGCACUUUACGACUACUUUUGAUGCGAGAAUCAAGGAACAUUAUGUUUCAUCCUUAUUUUCUGGGCUUGCACUAUACAUUUUAAAAAAUGUUACUUCUACUAAUAUAUGUUUUUAAUUACAAAUGUGUUGCAAAAAUAGCAUCAAUACCUAUUUUAAUUACAUUUACAGCACUACUUUACAUUCUCAUUUUUAAGAAUAGUGGCAUCACAGCACUUAAUGCUUCUUAUCUACUCACUGCCUGCAUGUGUUUGUAUUUUUUCCCAGAUAAUCCCUUUACAUGCCGUAGAGUAGACGACCAGACCAGGUUAGUUGGUGGCUGUAACCUGGCCACAGUAUGGGAGUGUUGGUGCCGUGUUAAACUGGCACCACAGUGAGGGGGCUGGGAUAGUCUCUACUCUUUCAAUGCUAUGAAAGUUUAAAAAAUGGGAUAAAAAAAUAUGGGUGAUUUCUUUGAUGAUAGAUGUGAUUGAUGACGUUUUCUACAAGUUAUGGUAAACUCACUGGCAUCUCAGAAUAUAACAGAGAUACUCAAGGAGAUCUUUACCGAGUACUUUGAGUUCUGUUACCUUCUUUUGUAUCAAAAAUUGUAAAUUUUUGCAGUGGUGCUUCUUAGUUUUGAUUGUGGGAGACAGUUGUGACUGAGGGCUACAUCAUCAUCUAAGUAGGUAAAGAUAGAUGGGUACCCUAUCCUAAGACCAUGACUGCUGAAGAGCUAUAAUAUCCAUCCGCCAGUUUUCACAAUGCUGUAAUUUGUAGGUACUAUAUGCCUUUAAUCGCUGUUAAAAUUUAAAAUAGCAAAUGUUAAAAAUGUAUUAUGUUAUAUAUUAAAAUGAAUAAAAGUGAAAAAAAUGUAAAAAUGUGUAAUUAUUUUUAAAAUGUUAUAAAUAUUGUAGCUGAUUGCUUUGGCUUGACAAGGCACUGAGGUGGUACAAUACAGUGUAAGUAAGUGUGGAAAGAUGGGGGCUGCCGCUGGGCAAUGAAAUGUCAAUUCUGUCAGAAAAUAGGCAACCAAAUGUCAACAGGCAAAGUCUAACUAGGAAUAGGUGGAGGCUUGUCACUUACGACACAGAAGGUAGGCUCCUCAAAAAUUAUCAGGUAUUCCUGUACAGUAUCUCUGAAAAGAUAAAAUCUAGAGCUGCCCUUAGAACCAGGGCUCUCUGUCAAGAUGCUUUUGUGGAUUGUUAGAAUAAGGAGUUAUUUAGCUCCAACAGGAGCACUCAUUUUCAUGGAUUAUUUAUCUAUUGAAGAACCUGUACUGCACUUUUAAUGGACACCUCUUUGUUUGAAUAAACUGUACUAAGCACUUUGCACCAA